AUGGAUCGUAGUUGGAUGAGAGCUAAUCGAUUAAGUGAUGAGUUUGACAAUGGAGUGGUUGAAUUUCUAGAAUUUGCUGAAAAGAAUCUUCCGAACAAUAAUGAACUUUUUCCAUGUCCUUGUGUUUCUUGUGGGAACCGGGACCCAAAACUUACUAAGGAUGAAAUAAGGGACCAUCUAGCUUGGAAAGGGAUUUGUCAAAAUUAUACACAAUGGAUAUGGCAUGGUGAAGUAGUAACGCCUAGUGUAUCACAAAGAGAGAAAGUAUGUGUAGAUAUGGAUGAUUGGUUGGAAGACAUGAUACAUGAUAUUGGAGAAGAAUCCUUCAAGAGAGCACAUGUGUAUGAUACUUUAUGUAAAGACAAGGAAGAACCUUUGUACCCGGGAUGCACAAACUUUACACGGUUGUCAGCUGUGUUAAGAUUGUUUAAUUUGAAGGCGAAAAAUGGAUGGAGUGAUAAAAGUUUAACUGAUUUGCUUGGAUUGUUGAAAGAAAUGCUUCCAGAAGGUAACACAAUGCCGAAUCGUCAUUAUGAAGCCAAGAAAGUAUUGUGUCCGAUGGGCAUGGAGUAUGAAAAAAUACAUGCAUGCCCUAAUGAUUGCAUCUUAUACAGGAAAGAGUUUGAAACCUAUGAUCAUUGUCCUAAGUGCAAGGCGUCGCGCUACAAAAAGAAAGAUGGUGAUUCCAGUGAUGAUGUGAGCACAAAGGGUCCUCCUGCAAAAGUGUUAUGGUACCUACCAAUAAUUUCAAGGUUCAAGAGAUUGUUCUCUAAUGCAAAUGACGCAAAGAACCUUAGAUGGCAUGCCGAAGAGAGAAAUCAUGAUGGACAAAUUCGCCAUGUAGCUGAUUCUUUGCAAUGGAAGAAAUUUGAUUUGAAGUUUCAAAAUUUUGGCGAAGAGUCAAGAAACCUUAGACUUGGACUUGCUACCGAUGGAAUGAAUCCGUAUGGUAGUCUAAGUUGUAACCAUAGUUCAUGGCUUGUUCUCUUGAUAAUUUACAACCUAUCUCCUUUGUUGUGCAUGAAGCGUAAAUAUAUGAUGUUAUCUAUGAUGAUUCCGGGCCCAAAACAACCAGGAAACGACAUUGAUGUUUAUCUAAGUCCGUUGAUUGAUGAUUUAAGAUUGUUGUGGGAGCAAGGAGUUGAUGUUCUUGAUGCGUAUUCUGGUGAACAUUUCAAUAUGCGUGCCAUGUUGUUUUGCACCAUCAACGACUUUCCGGCAUACGGUAAUUUGUCUGGUUACAGUGUUAAAGGGCAUAAAGCGUGUCCUAUAUGUGAGAAAGAUACAAGUUACCAUCAGCUUAAUCAUGGAAGGAAGACUGUUUAUCUUGGGCAUCGGAAAUUUUUAGAUCGUCAUCAUCCAUAUCGUAAAAAGAAGAAAGCUUUCAAUGGAAAAUCAGAACAUGGUGUUGCUCCAAAACCCUUGACUGGAGAGGAAGUUUAUCAACGACAACAACAUGUGAAGGUUAUCUUUGGAAAGAAACAAAAGAAGCCUGCUGAAAAAAAUAUAUGGAAAAAGAGGUCGGUGUUCUUUGAUCUUCCAUAUUGGUCAAGUCUUGAUAUAAGACAUUGCAUUGAUUUGAUGCAUGUAGAGAAAAAUGUUUGCGAAAGUCUAAUUGGAACACUUCUUCACAUUAAAGGCAAGACAAAAGAUGGGUUAAGUGCUCGUUUAGAUUUGGCUGAUAUGGGUAUACGACAACAGUUAACUCCACAACAGAUAGGUGACAAGACAUAUUUGCCUCCAGCAUGUCACACUUUAUCUAAAAAAGAGAAAAUAAGUUUUUGUGAGUGUUUACAAGGUAUCAAAGUACCGCAAGGUUACUCAUCAAAUAUCAAGAGACUUGUAUCAAUGAAAGAUCUCAAGUUAUUUGGCUUAAAAUCUCAUGACUUUCAUGUUUUGAUGCAACAACUACUACCAGUGGCUAUUCGUGGAAUAUUGCCUACUAAAGUUAGGAAAACUAUAACUAGGCUGUGCUUAUUCUUCAAUGCAAUAUGUAGUAAAGUCAUUAAUCCAUUGAAGUUAGACGAGUUGGAAAAUGAGGCUGCAGUCAUCUUGUGUCAAUUGGAGAUGCAUUUUCCUCCUUCAUUUUUUGACAUUAUGGAACACUUGAUUGUUCAUUUGGUAAGGGAUAUUAGAUUGUGUGGUCCAGUUUGUUUAAGGUGGAUGUAUCCAGUAGAGCGGUACAUGAAGAUCCUAAAAGGGUAUACUAUGAAUCCACACCGUCCGGAAGCCUCGAUUGUAGAAAGGUACAUUGCAGAAGAAGCUAUUGAGUUUUGUUCGAACUAUUUGUCAGAAGCAGAUGCUAUUGGGGUUCCAAAGUCUCGUCAUGACGGAAGAUGUGAAGGUAUGGGUGAAGUGCCUGUAUUUAAAUGCAAGUGGGUUGAUAUUUCCAGCAGUGUAAGAAUUGAUGAAUUUGGAUACACACUGGUUGAUCUUUCCAAGGUAGCUUAUAGGGAUGAACCUUUCAUUAUGGCAUCCCAAGCAAAACAAGUGUUUUAUGUCACAGAUCCUUCUAACAAAAGGUGGUCGGUGGCUCUACAACCAAAAGCCACACAUGGUAGUGAUGAAACCCUUCACAUUUCUGAGAUUCCUUCUUUUGCAACAAAUGUGCUUACCUCCAAUGAAGAAAAUGAUGAAAAUGAAGUAGAUGAUGUGCAAGUUACUCGUUUGGAUCAUGAAGAAGGGAUAUGGGAGAGCUAG